UAUGACUUCUUUGACCCCAUUGCUGACCGCAUCCAUUCAGUGGAGAUGAAAGAGGGCCGCACACUGCUGCACUGUGCUGCUGGAGUGAGCUGCUCUGCCGCCUUGUGUCUUGCCUACCUCAUGAAGUACCAUGUCAUGUCCCUGCUGGAUGCCCACACAUUGACCAAGUCCUGCCGGCCCAUCAUCCGACCCAACAAUGGCUUUUGGGAGCAGCUCAUCCACUAUAAGUUCCAAUUGUUUGGCAAGAAUACCGUGCACAUGGUCCCUUCCCCAAUGGGAAUGAUCCCAGAUAUCUAUGAGAAGGAGGUUCGCUUCAUGAUUCCACUGUGAGCCACCCUGCCAACCCACUCAUUGGGAUCAGCAGUUUAGAUCUGUUGUUGAUCCUAUUCCAAGAUCUCAACUUGAACAUUCUAUUU